GGACUUGCGCGCCAAGGUGCGGCAACGGACGGGUAGCUACUUGCUCACUUCUCGGAGGAGGACCUGCUCCUGCUGGUCCUGAGGGCGGCGGGCCAAGGGCGACCCCGAAAUCCGCAGGUCUCCGGGGCUAAGUGUCGCGGCGAGAAUCCGGAGGAGGAGGAGACUGCGAGGAUAGGCCCAGGAGUAAUGGAGUCCAAAAUGGAACAAGUAAAAAAUCUCAACAUGGAAAAUAGCAAACAAGAAAAUGAAGGAGGAGAUCAGGCCGCCGUGCAGAAUGAAGAGGAACCCCGCUAUUUGGGAGGGGGUGAAGGCCGGAAGCCUGUUACAACUGUCAGACGGGGGCGGGUUUGGCGACUGGUCCCUAAUUUUCGAUGGGGCAUGCCUAAUAAGCAUGUUGAUCACAAUGAAGCAGGAGAUAAUGCAGGAAAGUUUGUAGGGCAGAUGAUGGAAAUCAAGAGAAAGACUAAGGAGCAGCAGGUGAGGAGCUAUAUGCAAUUCCAAACUCCUGAACCUGACAAUCAUUAUGACUUUUGCCUCAUACCUUGAAUCUUAAGGUUUUCCUUUAGGUUAAUAAUGC